AUGGGUAGAGCGGCGGUGGUUCUGGUUCUGGUGGCCGCGGUUGCAGCGGCGCUCUGGACAGGGGUGGCGGCGCAAUCCAGCUGCAAUUCGGUGAUCCUCAGCUUGGUGCCGUGCGUGCUGUACAUCGGGGGCAGCUCUUCGACGCCGUCGGCGCAGUGCUGCACCCAGCUGGCCAGCGUCGUCAAGUCCCAACCGGAGUGUCUCUGCUCCGUUCUCAGCGGCAGCGCUGGGGUGAGCACCACCGUGAACCAGACGCGGGCCCUCGCCCUACCCGGAGCCUGCAACGUUCAGACCCCCUCGGCGAGCCUCUGCAGCGGUGAGCUCCUCCGAUUGCUGGAGAUGGUAGUAUUUCGGAAUCUCCUCCUUCCACGCUAUAAUUAUUGAUUUGGAUUAUAAUUUUUAUGGAAAGCGCCGCCACCGUCGUCAAGCCCAGCGACCCCCUCCACCCCGCCGACCAACGGCGGAACCAAGGCCGCUCCUCCUCCUCCUGACGCGGAUACCUCCGGUGGGAGCUCCAGCAGGAUGGCGUUUCCCGUCUUCUUCUGCAUGCUCUUCGCCGCCUCAUUCUACGCCGGUAUAUUCUAA